GUCUUUUUUACUUAAUGAUUCAGGUCCAGGGAGCCGGAUCAAGAAGAACUGAGACUGAAGUGGACCAAGAUCUUCCAGCUGCAGAACCCAGACGGAUACUGGGAGCUGACUGCUGAGCUGGGAGGACUGAUCAAUCUCAACGUGGAUGUGUUUGCUAACGUGUUCCUGAAGAACCGAGGCAUCCAUUCUCUGGGUGUGAAGGCCCACGCUAACAUCCUGAAGCUGGUGGCGACUCUGCUGGUUUUGCAGCUGAUGAGGGUGGAGAAGCUGGAGGAAGGCAAACUGCUGCAGAGUCUGUUUUGCCUGAAGGAGCCGUCAGAGUCCAGGCCGGAGCGCUGGCAGCAGGUGAAGAAGGCGGUGGACUGGGUUUGCUGGGCCGACCGGGAGUAUCCGUGCAUCUGCAGCCGGCUGGAGUUCGGUUGGAGCUGGGAGUCGAGCACCCGGCAGCUGCUGGGCUUCGAUCGCUUCCCCCCCUUCUCACCUCUCAGCAGUCUGAACCUGCAGAGAACCUCAGCUCUGCUGCAGGUCCACUGAUGGAGCACAGGAGGAGAUGGAGGAAGAAAAGCUGAAAGGAAGCCUGCAUUUAAAUAAACCAGUUAGUUAGACUGGUUUCUACUGGGAAAAGAAUACAGAUGGUGGAAAUUAUAAUUCAUCAGAUUGGUUUAACAUUUUUUUGUUUUUCUGAUAAGUAUUUUAAUCUGCUUUUAUGCUUUUCCUUCAUCUUAAAAUAGAAAUAUAAGAAGCAACAGUUAAAACGAAGCAUCAGAACUAGUUUUAAAUGUAUUAAUCAGUAACUUGUGAAAAUCACUUUUAAACUUGUUAAGGUUCUAUGGGGUAAUUAUGCGGCAGAUAUUCUUACAGAGGUGGUUUGUUUUUAUGUUUUAUUUGAAUCAUUUUAUGUCUAUUAAUAAAAUUCUGGGAUAAAUGAACGAACAGCUUCCUGGACCUCAUGAUGGCAGCUUGUUGUUUUUCUUUUUAACGAUUUUAUCUCUUCUUGUUAUUGAUUAUUUUUCUCUCUUCCUUGAAAUUUAUGAACGCAUUACAAAUUUUUUAUAUAUUUUUUUCCAUUGUGGCUCUUAAUGUCUCCUUUAUUUGAUUUUCUGCACUGGGCCU